AUGAAGGCCGCGCUGUUCCUAUCGCUUGCAGCUCUUGUCAAAGCGAGUACGGUUUUUCAACUCAACUCUACGUCGUAUUAUUCCCCAGGUCUUACCGCAGCGACGCUUAGCUUUAGCGACCCGUCAUGGGCCAACGUAGAGCCUUUGCCAAUCACUUAUCUGAGUUUUUCGGACCCUAAUGUCACCGCGGAGCUACUGGAGUUCACGAUAUCCUCAUUUCUAUCGCACGACGAUGUAUACUCGGAAUCUUUCCUCCAUACACUAGUGCUUGGCGGUUCAAGCAGUCUUUCAGACAAUGCACAUGCAUAUCUUGGCUCAAUCGGGUGCAGCAUGAUCUACACUGCGUUGGACGCCGGCGUAGCAUCCGGCCCAUAUCUACUUCACCCAUCAAAGGCUAUCACCAGAGUCUACCGAUUGUAUUGGGAUCACAACUUCGCUUUUGCGGAGUCGGUCACUGAAGGUCAGAAUGGGACUUUCCUUCCUGUCACAGGUCUGGCGUUGACGGAUGCCUACGGAGCUCUUAGUAUCGCAGUGCCGUCACGAUUAUACUAUCCAGCACCCACAGAAGAUAAACCGUUAUCGGGCAAACGCCUGGGCGUGAAGGAUAUCUACGACCUGAAGGGUAUCCGUACGAGUGGUGGAAACAGAGGCUACCGCGACCUUGUGGAUCCGGCUCCCAAGAGCGCGGCAGCCUUACAAAAGCUUAUUGACAUGGGUGCGGUGGUGAUUGGAAAGACAAAGACUACCCAGUUUGCGCUUGGGGAACGACCAACAGCCGACUACGUGGAUCAGCUGGCACCCUUCAACCCUAGAGGAGACGGCUACCAGCAUCCCCAGGGUUCAUCAGCCGGCUCUGGGGCUGGACUUGCAUCGUACAACUGGAUGGAUAUCGCAACUGCCUCCGAUACUGGAGGCUCUGUUCGCUUACCGGCCAUGGCAAACGGCCUGUUCGGCAUGCGCAUCACCAACGCCUCACUGCCACUCAAGGGAAUCUUGCCCAUCUCAGCAAUCUUUGAUACGCCAGGCGUACUAGCUAGGUCGGCGAAGCUCCUCCAAGCAGUGCAUAGGAAAUGGUACCCAGCCAAGGAAUACACAUCCUACCCUAAGCGCAUCAUCUUGCCUGAUCUGUUUUGGCCUACAGUCAACAGCACGAGUAUGCCUAUUUUUGAUUCGUUCAUCUCACAGCUAGCUGCUUUUCUUAACGCCAAUUUGACAACGUUCAACGCCAACGCCAGUUUCAAUGCAUACGCGAACAUCUCUGAAGGCAUAGCAUCCUAUCUCGGCUCUACAUACUCCAACAUUACCAACGUGGAUCAGUACCGCGACCUUGGUCUACCUUUUAGGGAGCAGUAUAUUGCCAAGUUUGGCAAAGCGCCCUACUGGAACCCGCAAACACGAGCGCGAUGGAAUCGGGCCGCAACUUUGCCGACCUCUAGCUAUACCACUGCUAUUGAGCGCACGCACACAUUCCAGACAUGGUUUCGAGAGACGUUGACGCCAUCAUGCGAGUCAACGUUGGUGCUGUAUCCUAUGGGUGCCGGUACGGAAGACUACCGCGACAUCUAUACAGCCGCUCCAGGUGGUAUAUUUGCUGCUGGACUACCCGGCAACCAGAUGUCAGUUCUGGCAGCGCUACCCGACUACACAAUACCGAUUGGCGCAAGGACGUAUGUCAGCAGGGUUACUGAGAGAAACGAAACGCUCCCCGUUACCAUUGGUAUGGUAGCUGCGGCAGGUUGCGACCACAUGCUCAUGGAUUUGGUUGCUGAACUUGCCGAAGUUGGAAUAAUUACCGAAAGUGUCAAAACCGGGUCUAGCAUGUACUAG